AGAGCAAGUCUGUGGCAUCUUGGACACAAAACUAACCGGCAUGCACCGCGCACCGAUCGACGGCGUCGUAUCUGCGCCCACCUCAUCUCAAACAAACCUUUUAUCUCUGAGACUCUGAUGAAGAGCAGAGUGAACUCAAUUAAAAGUAACGCGCCGCAUUUUAUUGUCAGUAACGGUAACGGCGUUACGACGCUGGGAAAAGUAAUUAGUUAGAUUACUCCGUUACUGAAAAAGUAACGCAGUUAGUAACGCCGUUAUAGUUUAACGCCGUUACUCCCAACACUGUUUAUGAGGUGUCUUUGGAUGGUUGCUGGGAGCAGAGCUGACAUUCCCAUUUAAGUCAGAAAGUAAAAGAAGUGCAGCCAUAUCAGUACCAGCAGCACCUCGAUCCUGAUGGAUUAUUUAGGCCUCUUCAGUCCCACUUCCCUGUUGGGGACUAUAGCUCUCAUCUUACUUCUGUACAUAAUAAUCAACAGUCUCACAGCUGAGGAAUUGAGAAAAGAGCCACCAGGACCAAGGCCUUGGCCACUGCUUGGCAACCUGAUGCAGCUUGACCUAAAGAGACUCUUUGUUACCCUUCAUGAGAUGUCAAGGAAAUAUGGAAAUAUCUUCACAGUCUACUUGGGACCAAACAAAGUGGUUGUACUGGCUGGAUUUAAAACGGUCAAAGAGGCUCUGGUUGGAUUUGCAGAAGAGUUUGGUGACAGAGAGAUUCCUAAAAUCUUACAGGAUAUAACUCAGGGUCAUGGGAUUAUUUUUGUCAAUGGGGAAACAUGGAAGGAGAUGAGAAGAUUUGCACUCACUACUCUGAGAGACUUUGGGAUGGGCAAAAGACUGGCAGAGGAUAAAAUUGUUGAGGAAUGCCACUACCUGAUUCAGGAGUUUGAAAAGCAUAAAGGAAAGCCAUUUGAUACAACACGCCUAGUGAACUAUGCCACAUCAAACAUAAUCUCAUCAAUCGUUUAUGGAAGCAGGUUUGAAUAUGACGAUCCAAGGUUCAAAAACAUGGUGGCAAGAGCCAAUGAAAACAUUCAGCUCUCAGGUUCUGCAUCAAUCCAGUUGUAUAACAUGUUUCCCAGGCUGUUUUAUUGGAUAAACAACCGGAAGAAGAUUUGGAGAAAUGCCAGUGAAAAUGUCAAUGAUAUUCAAAACUUGAUCACUGGUUUGAAAGAGACAUUAAACCCUGAGCGGUGCCGUGGCUUUGUUGAUCGCUUUCUGGUGCAAAAGAGAAAGGAAGAGGAUAAACAGAAUUUGAAGACUCAGUACCAUGAGAAGAGUCUGAUAUUUUCAGUUGGCAGCCUGUUUGCAGCUGGCACAGAUACCACUGCAUCUACACUCAGAUGGGGGUUACUGUUUAUGGCCAAAUAUCCAGACAUCCAAAGUCAGGUCCAACAGGAGCUCGACAGAGAAGUAGGAAGUCGCCAAAUCUGUGUUGAAGAUCGGAAAAACCUGCCCUACACUGAUGCAGUCAUACAUGAGACACAGAGAGUUGCCAACAUUAUACCUUUGUCUAUUCCUCACAAAACCAGCAGAGAUGUUACCUUUCAGGGCUACUUCAUCAAAAAGGAUACAGUAGUAAUUCCUCUCCUUUCUUCUGUGCUGUAUGAUGAGAAUGAAUGGGAAAGCCCACACGCCUUCAACCCAUCUCAUUUCCUGGACAAAGAUGGUAAAUUCAUCAAGAGAGAGGCUUUUCUGCCCUUUUCUGCUGGUCGUAGGAUGUGUCUGGGAGAGGGACUGGCCAAGAUGGAGUUGUUUCUCAUCUUCAGUAACCUCCUCCAGCACUUUCGCUUCAGUCCUGCACCUGGAGUUCGAGAGGAGGAUUUACUGUUGACCCCAUACGUGGGUUUCACUCUCACCCCAUCACCCCACGAGCUGUGUGCAACUAUCCGCUCAUAACAACACAGCACUAUGAACAAAUGACUACAAUGUGGCUAUAACUUCUAUUCUUGAUUUAGGAAUCACCCAAGUUUGAUCUUUCACCUGUAAUUUCAAUUUUGAACAUUUUAAUGAAAUGCUGGUCUUAGUGAGCUCUGAAGAAACCAUUUCACAUACUAUUCAAUAAAUAGUAAAACAU